AUGGUGAAAGCGCAGCUUGGCAAGAAGAUCAAGCUCGUCCGACACGACGGAGCCCUCGAGUUCCGAACCAACUCGCUUCAAGAAUUCUACGAAGAUGAAGGCAUUGAGCAGCAGACGACGGUGCCAUAUGCACACCAGACCAACGGUACGGCAGAGCGCGCCAUUCGGACUAUCGUCACAAUUAAUCGCAGCAUGCUCCACCAUGCUAAGUUGGAAAAGUGCUUCUGGGCCGAAGCAGCAAUGACGGCAAUAUACGUCAAGAACCGCCUGCCGUCGCCUUAA